AAAAAAGUGUGAAUUUUGACCAAACACGGCGGAGCAACUUGUUCAGCUUUAGCGACGAUGAAUCCCAUUCUUCAAAGGUGAAAAAAGAAAUCAGCUAAUAAUUUCACAUUUGCAGAGAUAUUUAAAAGUGAAAGUUGAUCACCUAACUAAGAUGAAGAAACUUGUAGAAUUUGGGAGGAAAGCAAUGUUCUAUAUUAGGGUUCUUUCUGGGUACGAAGAGCGUAGAAUCCGAUCUUAUCGUUUACAAAUGCAACAGCGUCUCCAACAGGCAGAGGAGAAGAAGGUAGCCAUAAGGAAGAUGCCUGAACAAAUGAUUUUGUCAGAAGUUAGGCGCAUGGUGGAAGAGAUGCAAGCUUUGAAUAAGAAGCUAGAGGACACUGAGGCUGCUAUUGAUGACUAUUUCAAGCCAAUAAACAUGGAAGCAGAAGCAAUAGUGAAAAUGCAGCUUGAAGGGGAGGAGAAUAGAACAAAGGAGAUGAUGAAUAUCCUGCAGAAACAAGCUUUUCUUGAGAAACAUCAGGCGGAGAAACUAAUAAGCGCAGAAAAUGUGGUCACGAACAAACAUGGCCAAGAUAAAGCAUCUACAUAGAUUCCACCAGAAUUUUGCUUCUUAGAUAUGUCAUUGUUUUGGCGAUCUGAAUGAAAAAAAGGGAUCUGCCUGGCUGCCCCUUCCGGAGCAUCUGAUAAAUUUGGAACGAGUAGAGGCCGGAAUCUACUGUUUAUUUCAAUCACACAUGCUAGUCAUGUUUUCUGUUGUAAAUUAUACAUUGUUUCGAUGGGAUUUUUUGGUUCCCAACAUAAAGGUGUUAGUUUUUUUUUUCUGUAAUCACAUUCAGCUUCAGCUUUGUAACUGAUUAAUUUUGUUACUGAAAACAGAAGACACUUUUUUAAAAUUAACACAAGAGGGACAAACUUGUCCAUAUGUCGAUUGUAAUAUAAUUAUGUCACGAAUGAUCUUUCUUGGUAUUGCAGUCAAAUUCAUUUGGAAUUUA